AUGUCUGGAUCAAAUCCUUUCCGCCGUAGCAAGAUCAUUACAUCCGUGACAACAGCAGCAACAGACGAAAGUGUUCUUCCGUCGAUUCCGAUGACACCCAACACAAGUGGUUACGAUGGAAUAAAAAAUCAUUCUUCGUCUCAUCAGCAGAAAAUCGUUCGUAUUGCGACACCACCUACCGUACAAGCUUCGUCGCCGACGGGGUCGUCGAUUGAGAAGGAGUCGUCGUAUUUCCCCGCAGUCUCGUUUGGAGGAUCGACGUAUCGUUCACCAACGCCACCACCACCAUCGCUACAAGCACAAGCAGAAAAGAGAUAUGAAGAGGAUAGUGAAUCUGAGGAUUCUGAGUAUGAUGGGUUUGAUCCGCGAUCUUCCGGUGAUCAGCCACGGGGAAAGCAGUUGGCUGAUGAUUCUUCUUCUGCCGGUCGAAAUGGAGGAAAGGAAAGGAAGAAUGUGAAUAAUAUGCUUGAUGUUGAUGCGUUUACCAGGCUGCUUUUGACGGGGAGUGUGGAUGGGAGUGGUAUCAGUACAGGUGUCGGUGCGAGUCGUCGAACAGCGUCGAAUCCGGAUACUGUGAUUGAUCGAGCUCAGACGUGGAUUCCUACCGAUAAUAAUGAAACUGGGAAGAAUGGUGUUGAGAGUAUGGCAGUUCCAAGAGCCUCUACGUUUUCAUCGACUACUACAGCAUCAACUGAUGUACAACGAACACCGAGUCUGCGAAAACCAAAACCGCCGCCACCGAGGUCACAUCAUGGGAAACCGAUUAAACCUGAUGAAUCGGGAAGAGAUACGCCCAACUCAUCAACGCCUACAGGCUCACCGUCCGAUCGUCGCGAGUCCGUAUCCUCGACAGUGAAGAUAUCCUCACCGACCACCGAACAUCCAGAUGAUACCUCUUCCCUGCAUCGAAGUUCGUCCCAGUCCAAAAGACCACCUACGCCACCCCUGUCUCGACGACAUAGCCAAAUGCGAUCCAACACCAAGAGAUACUCCCUCACCGAAAAACCCAAUCGAUUAUCUCUCCCGCCUCCUAAAAGUCUAUCUCAAUUACCGGGCCCAAUAAGUCCAGGACCAAAGACGCCGCCACGACCACCGUCACGACGGGCUGAGAGACCUAUAUCUGGCAUUCAGCCCGAGCAACCGAAAUCGUCCCUGUCGCAAAGCGAGUCGACGUCGUUUAGUGAUCAGGUUUCUGUCGAUGAACCUGCCGUUCAAAUAGCAGCAUCGACAUCGUUGCCGCCGUCGAGAACACCAUCAAUUAAACAGGCUCCUGCGACGGGUAUGUUGCCGCCCCCGCCGCCACCGCCGCGCAGACUUCGAGCGUCGAGUAAGGGUAGUACUGCCACUAUACCAAGCGAUAAUAAAGAGGUCCCGACAGAGGAUGGACAUAGCUCGUCAUCUCAGGCGCAAGACAUCCUGGCUGAUUUGUCGCGUCUGCAGAGGGAAGUUGAUGAUUUGAGGGUUCAUUAUGAGGGAAGGAAGGUCAGUCAGUGA